AUGCCACUUGCUUCUGAUGAAGAGAUUGGGGCCAGCAAGCUGGCACCAGGCUCUCCAGAAACUGUUGACUUGGGUCUGGAUUUCUUGAAGUCUUUUAUAGGGUUGGACAGAAAGCUUCAGGAGGAAACAAGAAAAAGGGAGAAAGCUGAGAAAGAAGUGGAGCCUCUGAAGAAGCAGCAGGAGACCAAGGUGGAGGAUUUAUCAGCUGCGGUCCAGACGCUCAAAGAGGAGAAGAAGAAGAGUCAGUCUCAGUUAGUUGGUCCACGUGAGCCAAUCGUUGCCAGAGUUGGCGAUGACGUUGUUUUGCCGUGUCACCUGAACCCUGCAGUGGACGUAUUCGAGAAGACGUUGGAGUGGUCGAGGUCGGACCAGACCGGCAUGCUGGUCUACGUGUGGCGUUCUCGUCACGAGUUCGAACAGGCCAAACAUCCGUCCUACAAAGGACGAACAUCGCUGUUCGCCGACCAGCUGAGACACGGAAACAUUUCACUGAAGCUGUCCAACCUGAAGCUCUCUGACAAAGGAACCUACAGGUGUUUCAUCGUAGAAGACAACAAACGGAUUUUCACACAACUUGUUGUUGUGAAUCAGUCCAACCAGCAGCAGCAGCAGAACCACCAUCACGAUGGUGAACACGGUCCUCAGGAGGAGAUAAAUACGGGUCGAAUGGUCUGCAGAGGAUUGAAGAGCUGCAAGAACAAGAGAAUAUAUCAGGACAUGAACAGCAUGAAUCAGUUGCAUGACAAGCAGAUCAAGAACAAGGACUGGGAGGCUGAGGAAGAACUGAAUAAACUGCUGAAGAUGAACAAAGAGUUGGACGGAAAGCUUCAGGAGGAAACAACAAAAAGGGAGAACGCUGAGAAAGAAGUGGAGACUCUGAAGAAGCAGCUGGAGACCAAGAUAGCUGAAAUGAAGACCAAGGCUGUAGAAGAUGUGGAGACUCAGACUGAGAACAAUCAGGUUCAUGUUUGGAGGAAAACCAAGCUGCUGGUUCAUAGUCCUCCUCCCACCAUUCAUAGUUGGACAAACAGAAGGAUGAGAAGGCAGAGAAAGAUGUACCGGAUACCGCUUGACUUUCUGUGGAAUCCUAAGCAGGGGCAUACACCAGAACCCAAAAGAAUCAGGGACAAAACUGAAAAUGAAGAAGACAAGAACUGCUCUCAAACCGAAGCAGAGACGCCGACGUUACAUGAAGACGUUGAAAUGCAGCCUUUUCUUAGUGACUUGUAUCUCCAUCGACCCAUGCUUCUUUUGGCUUUUAUCUACGUCCGUCCGAGUCAGGACGAGUCUCAUUUGUCCAAUCAGAUCCUUCGGUUCAAGGCUCGGAUUCCUCAGUGGAGCAACAGCGCUGUCUUCGACGGUCAUCGUGUCUUGGCUGCGUACUUCCACAGCUUCACAACAGAGUUCACUGAAAUGUCACACAAGAGAGAGAAAAACAAAAUUAAUGAACUCACGCUUAAAGUUCCACCCAGCGAGGAAACCUGCAAAGAACAGCACGGCGCCAACAGCCAGAAAUACGACGAUGGAAACAGACGAAACAUCGCCGAGAUCAGCUGA